UAAUGGCUACCACUAGUGACGGGUUGUUUAUCUCUGAAUAACUGACUUCGACUAAAAUACAAAUUUUAGGUGUUAGGACUGUGUUUACGUAAACAUGACGGGGAUUUUGCCCACAUACCAGCGUUUUGUGAAUGGAGUCCCGGUGCCGUCCAUAUCUCGGCGCUCAUUCCGUCUGCGAGAGAAAUAUUUGAUUGUUUCAGUACUUUUGACAUUCGGAAUCGUGUGGUUAGGAGCACUGUUUUACUUGCCAGAGUUUAAAAGUUCCACCAGUGUGAACGACAGUGUGUAUAAUGUGUACAAACGUAUCCAAAAAGCUGGUCCGGAACUGCUAAUGCCACCACCACUGGCGCAGAACGAUGUGGGAGACUUCCCCGUGGUAGGAAUCGUUCGUCACGGAGAAGAAGGAGAUGAUCCCCACAUCGUUGAAGACAGGAACCGUUUACGAGCUAAGAUAGAGGAGGAUAUGGGUAUGAAAGUGCUGGAGAGACCUCAGUUUGAUGCUGCCCCUUCGGUGUCGUCAUCCCGUGGGCCUAGCAAAGCUCCUGUAGAUGCUCUUGAGGAGCCAGCAGUUGGGAAUAAUGCUGCCAGCAAAGAUGUGUCCCCAUCUGGACCCAAAGCAGAAGCUUCUGACAAGUAUGUAGCUGUGGCGCUGACUUCUGAUGCCGAUCCUGAAAUCAGGCAUAAGCUGGAAACUGUUAAAGAGAUGAUGCGGCACGCGUGGAACAACUACAAGCUAUACGCGUGGGGCAAGAACGAGUUGAAGCCGAUAUCGAAGCGUGCGCAUCUGUCGAGCGUCUUCGGCGGCGGAGAACUCGGCGCCACCAUCGUUGACGGCCUCGACACGCUGUAUUUGAUGGGGAUGCACGACGAAUUCAGAGAGGGACGCGACUGGGUUGCUGAACAUCUGCACAUCGGGGAAGUGGACUCCGACCUCUCAGUGUUCGAGACCACCAUCCGAUUCGUGGGUGGUCUGCUCUCGUGCUACGCGCUGACCGGCGAUGCGGUGUUCAAGGACAAAGCAGCGGAAGUGGCGGACGCUCUGCUGCCGGCCUUCGAGACACCCACUGGCCUGCCUUAUGCGCUCAUAAACCCGUCUACUAAGGUCGGUCGUCAGUACCAUUGGUCAGGCCCCAACAGCAUCCUCUCCGAAGUGGGCACCCUUCACAUGGAGUUCACGUACCUCAGUGACGUCACCGGCAAAGAUGUGUACAGGCAGAAGGUGGACCGAAUCCGCGAGGUGCUAAACAACGCUGAGAAACCUAACGACCUCUACCCGAACUUUAUCAACCCGCGCACUGGACAGUGGGGACAGAAGCACAUAUCGCUGGGCGCGCUCGGCGACUCGUUCUACGAAUACCUGCUGAAGGCAUGGCUGGUGUCCGACCGGGAAGACUCGCAGGCGCGCGUCAUGUUCGACGCCGCCAUGCAGGCCGCUCUAGACAAGAUGCUACGUGUGUCGCCCUCCGGCCUGGCCUACCUCGCCGAGGUGAAGUACGGCCGCGUGUUCGAGGAGAAGAUGGACCACCUCUCGUGCUUCGCAGGCGGUAUGUUCGCGCUGGCAUCGACGACUCUCGAGAACAGCCUAUCGGAACGCUACAUGGAUGUCGCCAAGAAGCUGACGCACACCUGCCAUGAAAGCUACGCGCGGGCGGACACCAAGCUUGGGCCUGAGGCCUUCAGAUUCAGCGGCGCGGUUGAGGCGCGCGCGCAGAAAAGCAACGAGAAAGUCUAUCUGCUUCGGCCCGAGACUUUCGAGAGCUACUUCAUCAUGUGGCGCCUCACGCGCGACCAGAAGUACCGCGACUGGGGCUGGGAGGCUGUGCAGGCGUUGGAGAAGCACUGUCGCGUGGAGGGCGGCUACACGGGGCUCGUGAACGUGUACCACCAGAGCCCGCAGGGAGACGACGUGCAACAGAGCUACUUCCUCGCCGAGACGCUCAAGUACCUCUACCUACUAUUCGCGGACGACAGCCUAUUAUCUCUAGACGAGUGGGUUCUCAACACAGAAGCGCAUCCCCUCCCGGUCAAGAACAAGAAUCCUUUGUACCGCGCCGCGCCGCCCGCGCCUCGUCCGAGGCCAGACGACAAUACCGUGUGAGGCCUCUCAGGCCCCAAGCGAGUGGCCACCGAGCGGAGGUAAUCUAGUCUGACGGACUUCUUAGCCUUGUAUUCGGUAGGAGAUACAUGUUACAUGUGUUGGUAACAUGACGUAGGAAAACUUCCAUGCCUAAGAUGCGCGCCGUGAUAACUUUUAUCGACGUCAAAAUGUAUGGGCAAAAUCGAUAAAAUGGCGUGAUAACCGCUUAUCGCGGCGCGCAUCUUAGGCUUACUGGUAACGUAGUACGAUAUAGCAUUGUCUAAUAUUAAAUUGCAAGAGUACUGCAGCAUGAAUAAAUUGUUGAAUGAUAAAUGACAUUUGCCUCUCAAUAAAACGUGACACGUGACAUUUGUCUCCUAGUAAAUACAAGGCUUAUAGGGCAUUUGUGGACGAGUAAAAUGUUUAAUAAUAUUGUGGCAAUAUAGUCUUGGCUAACGGACAUUUUUUGGGCAAUACUCGAAUGUUGCCGUACGCUAUAUUGGCGCAAUAUUGCUAAGCAAUAUAGCUCGAAGACUGCUCAUUUAUUUGAACUUUGAUCAAUAGAUUCCUCCUUUGUUUCUUGAUUAUGACCCAUCUCUUGUUGGUAUAAAGCAAACAAGCAAUUUUUAUAUCAACAGAGAUUAGUCUCCUAAUUUAUUUUUUUCCAAAAAACUAUUUACUUAAGUUGUAUAAAAACAUGAACUGGCAACUUUCUCAUUAACGUUAAAUAGUAUUUGUUGCCUAAAAUUAAUGGACACAGCUCAUGGAUCAUCAAUGGCAUAUUAAUUGUUAUUCUAACUAGUUUAAACUAGAUCUAAUAAAUUGCAAAAAAAAUAAGAAUUUAAUUCACGUAAGUUUUAAACAGGUCUGCAUGAAAACUUUGAGUGAAAAUCGAUAAAAUAAAGAAAUUACUUCGACCAUUAAUAAUAAUGUAACUGCGAUUUGAUACGAAUUUCAUGAUGAUUGCUUUAUUUAUUUAGCUUCUUUUUAGAACUUAUAAAUUGUGCCACAUAGUAUUGCAGUCUCUCUUUUUCUCCUUUGUGGACAAAAUAGAACUAUACUAAACUUCAUUAAUUUCAUUUCUUUAUUUGCAUAGCUCUACUAUAUCGUAUACAGGGUAUUAGGUAAAUGGGUAUAUGAGCCGACACUAGCCCAUGUUAACAUGGGCAUAUAAAUGGUAUGGUGAAUUCAGAAAUUUAAAUAUCAUCAUUUUAAUUUUUUUAAUUAUCAUACAAUGUAAAUUUUAUAAAAUCCGAUUUGUAUGAAAAUAAAAAUAAUUAAAAUGAAAAUAUCAAUUUUCUGACUUCACCAUACCAUUUAUAUGACCAUGUUAACAUGGGCUAGUGUCGGCUCAUAUACCCAUUUACCUAACACCCUGUAUAGCUUUGCUGAAUAACAAAAUGUUAUUUUAAUACCAUAGUAAUGGGAAAAGGAGAGAUCACACUUUAGAUAAUGGUACAACAAAAUUGACACUUUUAUUUAUUAUGUAGUACAAAUCUUUGAAAAAGCGCGCAGAAGGUUUGUGAUUGUGACAAUUGUAAAUAUUAUUUUGUAUUCUUUUAGUGUGAUUUUUUAUUAAAAAUCAUAACUUUACUCUGUUUCUUUGUAACUCUAUUGCACUUUUCUUUAAUUAUAUUCCUUUUUCUAAGACGUGACGAUUAUUAUAUUCAUCUGGUUAUCAAAUUGCUCAUAUCUACUGCUAUUCUUAGCAAAAGCUUAUUUUAAAUAUCUUAUUUCUUCAAUCACCCACAAAAAUUAACUAAAAUAUGGCAUAGUAAAUUUUCUCAAAUCCUUAAACAUUAUUCUUAUGACGUAUAAAAUUAAUAUCGUAUGUAUAUUCUACCCUGUAUACAUUUGUAACCCAACUCAACUUUUUGAAUCGUAGUUUAGGUAAUUAUAAUAAGAAAAAGUUAUAACAAAAAUAAUUAUGACGAGCCAACAUAAAAACGUCAUUGUAUGACUCGAUUUUAAAAGUAACUAAAAUACACGCUAGGUUAUUAAAUAAAGCAUAGAACUAACAGCGAUUGUGGAAGCGGCUACCAUUGCUCAAGUCAAUUACAGAAAAUGGUGACGAAACGAAUAUUUUUAGGAUAUUUUAUAUCAAUUCUCAUAUCAGACAUUAAAACCCACAUAGUCAUGAAAUUUUAAAGUUACAAUAAUUUUGUCUCUUUUUGUCUUAUUGAAAUCAACAUUUGCCAGAAAGUGACAAAGUAUUUAUCCACUGUUUGAAAUUUUAUGAAUAAGAGGGAUAAAACUUAUAAGCUUAACGCAUCAGUAAGGCUUAAAGUCCUCUAGACAGCAUAUAAAAUAGGUUCCAUUUGAAAAUAUUGAACCUAAUUACUACUGCAUGAAAGGCGAAUAUAGACUGCCGUAAACAAUUGAAAAAGAGCGGCGUAUUUUACGAAUAUUAAAUCUCCAGUACACAUACGAAUUAAUUUUCAAAACCAAGUUGUAUGAUAUGGUAAGCUGAUUGAAAAAUACGCCUAUAUUCUUUUAAUUUUCCUGUUUCUUACCGAGUAAUUCUGAUGUCAUUGAAAUGGUAUCUAAGUCCAAUGGAUGUGUAUCGAAAACGGCUCAGCACUUGUGACCAAUAUAGUUGUUACGGGCAUUAUCACUGUACUUUGUGCACAAAUCAUAUUUUCCGUUUGUGAUUUAGAAAUUUCACGUUAUAAAAUACACAUUUAACUAUUAAUAUAUUAAAAUGAUACGAUUUUAUGAUUCGUGGUGUUUCAUGGUAGUUUUCAUACAACAUUUGUUUUUGCACUUAUGUAGAGAAACAAAUAAGUUGCAACAUUUCUGUUAAAAGUCCAGUAAAAACCAAGAAUCAUAAAAUGCUAAUUUUAUUAACUAAACGCGAUAGUCGUUUAUUAGUCUAGUUUACUAUUGAGGUAUCUUAAACUUAACUGUACGAUUUUUUAUAAAUAAAACAGAAUAUUUUUUUAUUUAUUGAUUGAUUUGAUAUAUUUUAUGUUUCGAUCCGCGAACUGUGAGCGGAAUUGAUAUUAUUUUCAAUCAGAUCUCGUAUUUGUAAACUCGAAGAGAUUACAACGUUUUAAAUUGUAACAUAAUAAUUUGUUUAUAGCAAACAUAUCCCUAAAUGAAUAACGUUUUGUAGUACUAUUUGUAAAGGCGUAGUUGGUAGAGAUCGCGAGAACGCGUGGUAUAAACGUACGUCGUAACUUCACGUCACAGGCCCAUGUUAUAGGGUUUUUUUUUUCUUGAUGUUUUAUGUUGGAGUAAAAGUUGGCUGAUCAGGAAAGUGAAAACUGAACUUACUCUCUUCUUUUAUUCGCCAUCACUUUUUGAAAACUUUCGAAAGGUAUUGCAUUUUCUCACGAACUUGUUACAAAUCUAAAUGAUCUUUUUUUCUCAAAUCGUUUACAAAUUACCUGAUCAGAAAAGUGAGAACUGGUUUGCUUUAAGUAUGUAUGUGAUUCUAAUACAAAGUUACAUAAUUAUGUUUAUUAUUUAAUUACUGCACCUGUUAAUGAAGCAUUUAAAUAAAUAAUUUACCCUUAUUGCUACUUUGUUUCGAAUUAAACAAUCGCUCCCGAAUCAGAUGCAAUAAUAUUCUGUAACCGACACGAAGAGGUUAGACAAAGUAGGUAAAUAUUUGUAAAUUUGUAUAUAUUAGUCAUAGACGGUAAAAUAUUUUAGUUUUAGGUACUUUGUGUGUAGGUAUAUUGUUAUUUUUUAAAGUAAGAGACGUGUAUGUGCGUUGAAUGUAUGUACCUAUUUGUUUGUAAUUUAACUAAAUAUUAUCGUAAAUACUGCCACGUUAACAUUUUUUGUAUAAGAUUGCAAUCUUUGGCGUUAAUUACAUUACUGAUAUUUUUGGGUAUUAUUGUAUCUUGCCCGACUUAGCCCACGGUUGCAGCUUAUGAUUUGCGUGCCCAACCAAUUAGAUAAUUCAUUUAGCAAAAUAUAUUUUAACACGCCCUAUAUUUUGUAACUCAGGUCCGAAAAUAUGAACAGUUGCACCGAUAUUAUUACACUGCAAGUGUAUCCAUAUUUUUGCACCUGAUGUGCAUGGCGUAUCCUAUCCUAAAUCAGAGAAUUUAAUCUGACUCAAUAUAAAGUUAUUUAUUCGUGUAUUGAAAUUUACUAUCCGAAUUUGCAUAAUAUAAACUGUGUUUGAACGUAUUUAUUCUAUGUUACUCUGAAUUAUAAAUGCAGUUACUCACGGUGAUGGAUAAUCAUAAAAGAACUUAAUUAUCGGUAUAAAAUUAUUUGAUAUUAUAAGUUGAGUAAUCGAUCCCGUGUGUAACUGCCCCGCUGGCCGCAGCCUGUAAAUCAGAGUUGUUACUGAAUGUACUGCCUGUUAUUUAUGUAAUUUAUGUAUGAAGUUGUAGUAUUUUAAAUGAAUAAUGUACAUUUUUCGGUUAUUAAUUAAACAUGUUUACAAAA